UCCUAUUCUAAGUCUUCAAUAACAAGAACUUAACGAAAACACCAUGGCCUACAGCGGGCAGUAUGGACAAUAUGGUUAUCCUAUGAAUGUAGAAAGAAAUGUUGAACAACAAAAUAAUGUAGUUUAUACUGGCGAAACCCCAGAUGCAGAAUUGGUAGCACAGAUGAAUGCGCAAAUGAAUCUUGGGCCUCAAAUACCAGUUUAUCCUCAUGAAAAAAGAAGGACACGCAGACACAGAGAUGCGCAUGCCUAUGAUAUGUCUUUAAUGGAGCCAGAAGCUAACGUUUUACCGCCGAUGACACCUUCCACUCCUUUAACCCCGGCUACACAACCGCUUGAUACGACUGGCUUAAGUUCAGAAGCUCUACAUGAAGAUACAAAUCUUCUAGAUCCAAAGUCAUUACCUUCUGUUCCAGAUGCUCGCUUUCAUGAUCAGCAAACAUACAAAAACUACACUUUCAACUCAAUGGACAAGACUAAUCCACCUUUGUCAACAACCGACUUUGUUGGGUAUGAACAGAAUAACUCGUCGUCUAAAUUUGUUCAAAUGACCACUUAUGCUAUUCCUUCUUCGAAUGAUGUUCUUAACAGUUCAGGUGUACCAUUGGGUAUGAUAGUCCAACCGUUUGCUGAACUUCGUCCUGAUGAGGCCCCUGUUCCCGUGGUGGAUUAUACUACAUCGAGUCCUCCUCGCUGUAAAAAAUGCAGAGGCUAUAUCAAUGCAUUUGUCCAAUUUACUUUGUCACAGAGUGGUUGGACCUGUAAUCUUUGCGGUACCGAAAAUAGUCUCAGCAAUGAAGUUUACAACCCUAUGCUUUUUACAAACCAACAAAAUGCUCUUAAUUCACAACCUGAAUUUAACGUGGGUACUGUUGAUUUCGAGGUCGGAAAGGAUUACUGGGCUUCCGAAGAAACACCACAACCUGCUCAAUAUGUCUUUGUAAUAGACGUCUCAUAUGAAGCUAUCUCAAAGGGUAUCCCCAAAAUAGCUGCUGAGGCCAUCCGAAAUAUACUAUAUGGUCCAACCCCAUUACAUCCGUCUAUUAGAGUUACCAUUGUUGCUUUUGAUCGAAAUGUACACUUUUUUUAUCUAACUCCUAACUUGGAACAGCCUCGUAUGAUUUCUGUUGCUGACUUGGAGCAUCCUUUUGUCCCUUUUAAAAAUGGUUUAUCAGUUGAUCCAAUGGAAUCAAGAACUGUAAUUGAACGUCUUUUGGAUACCCUUCCUAUAAUAGUAGAAGACAUAAAAGUGCCAGAACCUGCCGUUGGUAAUGCAAUGGAAUGUAUCAAGCACCUUCUUAAGGAAACUGGUGGUAAAGCAUGCUUGUUUGUUAGUGCACUUCCUACAAUGGGACUUGGACGACUCAGAUAUCGCGAAGAUCAGAGACUUUACGGAAGCCCUGAAGAGAAAAACCUCUGGAAUACUCAGGAGAAGUGGUACUCUCUCUUAGCGGACGAGUUAGUAACCUCAGGUAUCUCUAUUGAUAUAUUCUUCACUCCUGCUGCUUACGUUGAUAUCGCUACUGUUGGUAGUGUCGCAACAUUAACUGGCGGACAAGUAUGGUACUAUGGAAAUUUUGUACCAGAAAGGGACGGACCGCGUCUUAAACAAGACUUAUAUCGAAGUGUUACUCGUGAGCAAGGUUUUCGCGUAAUGCUUAAGACCCGUUGCUCAAACGGUCUACGAGUCGCUAGAUAUCUUGGUAACUUUUUACAAAGAACUCCAAAAGAUAUUGAAUUUGGUGGAUUGGAUGCUGACAAAAGUAUUGGAAUGCUAUUUAACUUGGAAGGAAAAUUGAAUAAUGCGUUGGACGCUCACUUCCAAACGGCAAUUCUCUAUACAACACCAAUGGGAUCUCGCAGGGUCCGUGUUAUAAACUACUGCUGUGCUGUUACUUCACGCAACUACGACACUAUAUCCCUCGCUUCUGUUGAACCAUUGGUGGGUAUAUUCUCAAAGAUUGCUUCCAUGAACAUGGCAGUGGAGUCCUUAAAGACAAUCGCGACUAAACUUGUCGAGGGUAUUGUCAAGCUCUUAUCUUGCUAUAGAAAGGUUGCAUCUAGUCGUUUAACACCAGGACAGUUAGUCCUCCCCAAGCAUCUAAUUCUCUUGCCAAUAUAUAUGUUGUCUGUGUUAAAGUCUUCUGCUUUUCGAAGUGGUAGUAUUCACAGCGACAUACGAGUAUCACAAUUUAGAUUUUUUCGUGCAUCUCCUUUAUCUCAACUAAUGCUUAACUUAUAUCCUCACAUUUAUGCUUUGCAUUCCUUACAGCCGAAUGAGUGCGUACCUAACACCGAUAAUCCAGGAUGCACACCUAUUGAAUACCCAUUGGGUGUCAGGGCAUCUAGAAAAUUUAUUGAGGAUGGGGGCGCUUUUCUGAUUGUUACUGGUCAGAAAGUUUACUUGUGGUUGCACCAACGAACGUCUCCUUUAUUGUUACAGGAUCUAUUUGGUGUUAAUCAGUUAGAAGAAGUCGACGCAAUGAAAGCUUGUGAAUUACCUGAAAUGGAUAACUUACUUUCUAUCCAGGUUCGAAACUUACUUUCAGCUUUGAAGCUGCAGUAUCCUCAAAUGUCAAUGCAGCCACAAAUUGUCCGCCAGGGUAUGGAUGGAAGUGAAGGUGAAAUCUUUUCUAUUUUAGUUGAAGAUCCUUCAAGAGAAGGAGUUGGAUAUAUUGAGUUUUUAACUAUGAUCCAUGAAACCUUGCAUAGCCAAGGUUAUAAGUAGGUCUUCUACGGGAUUUGCUUUGAAUUGAUAACUCUCAAAAGGAAGGAAAUAUGUCAAGGUUUGCUAUGAAGGAAUUUUAAGUUUUAUUAAACCAUAUCAAUGAAUUUAUAGAUGUCUAGAUACUGCAAGAUAUCACUGUAAAGUUGUUGUUUUUUAUGAAUGUGUGACAUUGUAUAUAAGUUGGCUACGAAAAUCAACCUAUUGAACAUUGACUUUACUUUUUGAUAAUUUAUGAGCCAAAUAUACGGCUGAAACGCAAUGUUUACUAAUUGAAGUCAGAUGCUACAAAUUCAAUUAUAGCCAAAUUCAAGUUUUCUAUUUAGGGCUAAGAGAGUAACGAGCUUGUUUUCAAUAAAUAAUGUCUAUGUUAUAAACUGAAUUCAGCGAAUUGUACUUAG